GGAGAUGCCUUGAAAUCAAUGGAACCAGUCGUGACUAAGUUAAGGCCCAUUGAUUUCCGCGGAUUUACUCUACGACUACGUCUGGUUCCAACAGAUGAAGAUGGUCAUGGGUUGGAUCAAUGGUCAGCAGAGUCCCACCCUGUCUUGUCCCUCAGCGGGACAAGUUUGUCAUGACCGAUUUCCGUGGAUUUCCUCAGUCUACGAGCGCGAGGACGGAGGCGGUGGAUGAGUGCCGCGCUCCCCCGCUGGGGGGUGGGAGAGGAUUAGUGGGACGCGGCGCGGCCCCGCCCUCUCCUUUCCCAGUCAGGGCGCGAGAGCCGAGGGGCGAUGGACCAAAGCGAGCUGGGCUGGCACCAUGACAUUCGCCCGCGUGCUGCUGGCGGCGGCCGCCUUAGGGACGCUCCCUGAGCUGGGCCGUCCCGAGCCGGGUCGCUCAUCCUCGCCUUCUUUUCCUGUCGCCCCUUGGGGCUUUGCACACCCUCAGCCGCGCUCCCCGCCGUCUCUGCCGCUCCAGCACCAGCAGCCCGCCGGCGGCUGCCCCCGAGGCAGCGGGCGCUUCGUCAACGUGACGGAGUUCGGCGCGGAAUGCCUGCCCUGGGCGGACGUGCCUGCCUUCUUGGAGAAGACGCCUCAGGGUAGAGGGCUGCGCGGACAGCGCAACUUCUGCAGGAACCCCGACGGCAGGAGCAGGCCCUGGUGCUUCUACCGGAACAGCCGUGGCAGGGUCGACUGGGGCUACUGUGACUGUAGGCGAGGUUCAGUGAGACUUAAAGGUGGCAAAAAUGACUUUGAAGGCACAGUUGAAGUUUAUCUGAAUGGAAUAUGGGGAACGAUCUGCAGCAGUCAUUGGGAUGAUACUGAUGCAUCUGUGGUAUGUCAACAACUUGAACUUGGGGACAUAGGCACAGCAAAGCACACCCCAUUUUCUGAACUGGGCCUUAUCCCUGUUUACUGGAAUGAUGUACGUUGCCAUGGAGAUGAAGAAAACAUCUUGCUAUGCGAAAAAAGUAUCUGGCAGGGUGGAAUGUGUCCUCAAAAUAUGGCAGCUGCUGUCGCAUGUAGCUUUUCCCAUGCCGCUGAUUUUAUCCCAGUCCGUCUGGUUGAUGGGAACAGUGCUCAUGAGGGAAGAGUAGAGGUCUACCAUGCUGGUCAUUGGGGAACCAUCUGUGAUGAUCAAUGGGAUGAUGCGGACGCUGAGGUAGUCUGCAGGCAGCUUGGCCUUGGGGGGAUUGCCAAGGCAUGGAGCCAGGCUUAUUUUGGAGAAGGCUCAGGCCCUGUGCUGCUGGAUGAAGUGCGGUGUACAGGAAAUGAGCUGUCUAUAGAACAGUGUCUGAAGAGUUCCUGGCAAGAACACAACUGUGGCCACAAAGAAGAUGCAGGAGUUUCUUGCACACCUCUAGCAGAUGGUGCCAUCAGACUAGCAGGCGGCAAAGUCAGUCAUGAGGGACGUCUGCAAGUGCUUUACAAAGGACAGUGGGGCACAAUCUGUGAUGACGGGUGGACUGAACUUAACACACACGUGGUUUGUCAGCAACUGGGGUUUAAGAAUGGGAAAAGUGUCUCAGAAGGCUACCUAGUAGAGAACACUGGACCCAUCUGGCUGGAUGAUGUCAGCUGCUCAGGAAAGGAAUCUGCAAUCCUCCAAUGUUCAAAGAGAGAAUGGGGAAAGCAUGAUUGCAGCCACCAAGAGGAUAUCAGGAUAAGUUGCUAUCGAGAUAGUGACAGCCACAGAGUCUCACUGGGGCCUCCUAUCAGAUUGAUGGAUGGUGAAAAUAAGAAAGAGGGCCGUGUGGAGAUCUUUAUCAAUGGUCAAUGGGGGACAAUUUGUGAUGAUGGAUGGUCUGAUAAGGAUGCAGCUGUGGUAUGUCGACAACUUGGCUACAAAGGACCAGCACGAGCAAGGGCUAUGGCAUAUUUUGGAGAAGGAAAAGGCCCCAUCCAUGUAGACAAUGUGAAAUGUACAGGAAAUGAAAGAUCUCUCGCUGAUUGCAUUAAACAGGAUAUUGGGAGACACAAUUGUCGUCACAGUGAAGAUGCUGGAGUGAUUUGUGAUUAUCUUAGCAAGAAGGCAUCUGCAAACAGCAAUAAAGAUUCUCUUGCUUCUGUGUGUGGUUUGAGAUUACUGCAUCGUCGCCAGAAGCGGAUCAUUGGAGGGAAAAAUUCUUUAAGAGGUGGAUGGCCCUGGCAAGUUGCUCUGCGUUUGAAAUCAUCCCAUGGUGAUGGAAGACUGCUGUGUGGUGCCAUUCUUAUUAGCAGCUGCUGGGUGCUUACUGCAGCACAUUGUUUUAAGAGAUAUGGGAAUAACACUCGAAACUAUGUGGUACGUGUUGGAGACUACCACACAUUAGUGCCUGAGGAAUAUGAGGAAGAAAUUGGAGUACAAGAGAUUGUGCAGCACAAAGAGUAUAGGCCUGAUAGCAGUGAUUAUGACAUUGCACUAGUGAGGCUGCAAGGGCCUGAAGAACAGUGUGCUCAGUUCAGCACUCAUGUCUUGCCUGCCUGUUUGCCACUCAGACGAGAGAGGCCACAGAAAACUGCUCCUAAUUGUUACAUCACUGGUUGGGGUGACACAGGAAGAGCUUACUCAAGAACAUUGCAGCAAGCUGCCAUCCCCCUACUUCCUAAAAGAAUUUGUGAAGAACGCUAUCAAACAAGAUUCACAGGGAGGAUGCUCUGUGCUGGUAGCCUCCAAGAGCAGAAACGUAUGGACAGUUGUCAGGGAGACAGUGGUGGGCCACUCAUUUGUGAACGCCAAGGAAAAAGUUGGGUUGUAUAUGGGGUGACCUCCUGGGGCUAUGGCUGUGGAGUCAAAGAUUCUCCAGGUGUCUAUACCAAAGUUUCCUCUUUUGUACCUUGGAUAAGAAGUGUGACCAAACUAUGACCAUUCCUAGCCCCAUUGUUCAGUAACAGUAGUCUAUAUAAAGCUAGGAUGCCCAGUAGAUGAGAGCUGCACACUUUCUAUGUAUGCUAUUUUUAGAAUGUUAUGGUAGUUCAUCCUGAAAUAUUGACUUACAUUGAAACAUGGGGGUUAUUUUUUUAUGGUGUCCCUAGUCAGUGAAAUCUCCAACAAAUAGAUUAAAUAAUUGCACAAAUCAGUUCUCAAUAUACAUGUAAACAUGACCUAUCCUAUGUAUCUGUGCAAAAUGCUACUUUUAUACGUAUUAGUAUACAAGAUUUCGUGAAACUGCCUUUCAAGUGGAAUCUGUUAUACUGCUGUAUGCUUAUCCCAACAGCCUGAAAUGUAUGUAGCACACACUCAACUUUUCUGCAUUCACUUAUAAGUUGCUACUCAACUUUUCUGCAUUCACUUGUAAGUUUAUCUUUUUGUCAUUGUGCAGUAAGAAUUUAUGGAAGACUGGGCUCACUUUGUUUGAUUUUUACAACCAAGGACUCAAGUUUUAUCCUUUCAAAUACCUCUUGAAUCCCCUGCAUGUUAAGACUGUUGAAAGACUUCACUGUUUAAAAUCAAAAGUUAUUUUUUUUAUACUUGGUUUUAAGAUUCCCUAUUCUCUAAAAAUGGUGGUGGUAAAACCAGGUGUAGAUACUUAAUGGUAUAACAUGAAUUUAGUGGUAAGAUUUUUUUUUUUAAAAAAGCUCAAAUUAUAGCACUGAGGAAUGACAAUGAACUAUACUAAUCAAAUUCAUUUUACCCUUAUAUUAAAAUGGAAACUGAUUUAUAAAUUGCAUGCAAGAGGAUCUACGGCAACCAUUUUAAAUUUCUGUUCCAAUUGAAUUUUGAAAAAUGUUUGUGGAAGUUUCAGCAAUAGUCCUGUGCGGACUGUGAGCUGUCAUCCUUCAUAAACUUAUUGUACAUGAGGUUGGUGUCUACUUCCACAAAAAAAUUCUAGUUGCAAUCUGUGCUUCUAGUUAUAAGUGUGCAUUUAUAGGUUCAGUGAUGUUUCAACAUGUAUGGGCUUAAUGUUUACCUAAAUACCUCAUUAGCAUUUGAACAAUAUCUGGGUUUGAAAACUGCCCAGAUAACUAAUUUAUUUGGGCAGUAUAUCAGUGCAAUAAAUACCAAAAUCAGUCAGAAAAAAAUUGACCCCAAAAAUUGACCAAUAAUACCAAUGUGGCAAUCGGCUAUGCCCAUCUCAAAACAUAAAAUCGAUGCUAGGUAAAUACUUCUCAGUAUUUAUAUCUUUGUUAUAUUUGAUACUUGAUUUCAUCAUGUUAAACAGGCUUUACUAUUGGAAACUUCUUUAAUGAAAUGUAAACUGCUAAUACACAUUUUUAAAUGACCAAUAGCGAACUCAUUUUUAACCUUAAACUCAACGUUUACUUGACUAUCAAUAUUUUCAGCACGAGAAUUUUGCAAUACAUUUAAAACCUGAUCUAGAAAGUUUGACUUUCUAUUAUCUAUUUUCUUUGUUUUUGUAUUUUGAUCAUUAA